UCUCUCUCUCUCUCUCCUCCCUCCCUCUCUCUCUCUCUGUGCCCCCUCUCUGUGCCCAGCUUUGCCCCCUGUGCCCAGCUUUGCCCCCUGUGCCCAGCUUUGCCCCCUGUGCCCAGCUUUGCCCCCUGUGCCCGGCUUUGCCCCCGAGCCCCGGUAAGAGGUGAUGGAGAACCGAAAGGACAAGGCUUUCCUCAAGAGCCCCCUGGGUGUGCUGAGGCUGUCACACAUCCUCCUUGACGCUCUGGUGUGGAUCACCAUCGCCUCCAGGAGAUACGAGGGAGCUGUCCACUUCGCGGUCUUCGUCGCCGUGCUCUUCUGGCUGACCGCCCUGGCUCUCUUCAUCUGCACUCUGCUGGGCAAGAGCGAACUGGUGCCCUGCCUGGGGGCAGAGCGCUGGCUCCUCACCAACACCUGGCACGACGGGCUGGCCACCCUGGGACACCUGGUCGCCUGCGGGGUCAUGGUCUACAAGACCAAGGAGAAGAACUUCUGCAACGUGACGGCCUACAGCUUCAGCUGCCUCUACAGCCUCUAUCUCACCGCCACCGUCUUCCUGGCGCUCUGCGCUUUCCUCUACCUCCUCUCGGCCAUUUAUUCUGCCUACAAGGCCAGCCAGGGCCACACAUCCCUCUUCUGACAUGCUCUGUGUAUGUGCGUGUGCAUUUGCGGGUGCAUGUGUUAACGUGUGUGUG